GCUGUUGCUUUACACGAUACAUCCUGGUCACAUGAUACCUUCAUAUAGGCCUUGAUGACAGCAGUGGGUGAAUACACAGCAUACAACACUGCAGGCAAUACCAUGAUAGGGAGAUUCAGCCUUCUUGUAACAAUCACUGUGUGGAUUGCCAUACUACAAGGUUCCAAAGCUUCAUCGGAAGGCAACCGCUCAGCGACAAUUUACAAAUCAUACCGAAAACUGAUCCAGGAAAAUGAGGCACUGGUUGAAAGAAUGAAGACUUUUCUGAAGACAAGUGGUAUCGAUGGAUCUGGAUGUGGAUCGGGUAGUGCAGCUGCCUCCGGAGCGACAUUUGUUCACUGGGGACGGGCGACGUGUCCAAACACGACAUCGCUCAUUUACUCAGGAUAUACAGGUGGAAAUUACUACAGUGCAAAGUCUGGUGCAGCAACUAUCCUAUGUUUGCCCAAACAGCCUCAGUACGUAGCCUACUCUCUUUCAAACCAAAACCAGGCAACCAUCCACGGCGCCGAAUAUAAUGAUGCCAACACAUUUCCUGAUUUCAAGAAAGUUCAACACCAGAACGUCCCCUGUGCCGUGUGUCAAAUGAAGUCUGAGGCUCAAGUCCUGAUGAUUCCGGCGAGGAACGAGUGCUACCCCGGGUGGAAGAUGACGUACUGGGGCUACCUGAUGGGGGGUGCUUACGACAGGGCCUCCAGUGAGUACAUCUGCGUGGACAAGGACCCUGGUACCACCGAGGGCGGCCACCGACAGACGUAUGGGCAACUGCUGUACAUUGUGGAGAGUAGAUGUGACUCUCUCCCUUGCCCUCCGUACAAGCACUACGGGGAGUUGACCUGUGUCGUAUGUGCAAAAUAAAUACGCAGACCAUGCUCUCAUGUCUCCA